UGCUUCCAAACCUUACGCCUGUGGGCCGUCUCGCCGACUCCACCUAUACACUCCCCAGGAGGCGGAGAUGACACCAAGCUCCUGGUCAGUGCCACAGACGGCACAGUCUGUCUGUACUCUGUACGCCCCGACAGCGAUGACCUACUAUGUGAACGGAAGUGGUUGGCUCACAGUUCAAAGUAUCUACCUGCGACCGAGGCCUGGACUUGCACCUCAAACGCGUUUAACGGGGCUGUGGUGUACAGUGGCGGAGAGGAUGCCAAGUGGAAGGCGUGGGAUGUGCGAGACGGGUGUAUGCGACCGUUGUGGACUGCCAAUGCGCACGAGCAAGGGGUGUGUAGCAUGCAAGCGCAUCCGACGAUAGAGCACAUCCUGGCUACCGGGAG